AUGCACAUUCUCUCCCUGCUCUUUUCGCAUGACUCCGCGCCCCAAGAAAUACUCAUCGAACAAUCCAACCGCGACAACUUCCCUCCAGACCCUCCACCGCCAGAAAAGAUUGUCUUCCACACCAAAGGGACAACCACCACCCUAAUACAAGUCACGACAACCACUGCGUUGGCUACAACUACAGCCACUAUCGUCUCCCAGCCCUCAGCUGGACCCAGUAGCGACAGUCCUUUAGAUUUUGUGCCUGACCUUCCACCCACAACUCUAGUCGCACAUGCUCCAGGAUGGACCGUGUUCCGAGAUAUUUUCAUGUCAAAUGACACGUUCUACGUUGUCACCGACCAGCCAUCCGAAUUUCCGGAAAUUCGCAUGAUGAUUAGUACACCGUUAGAGUCGUUGGCCGAAGAUGAAAAUAUCAAAGCUCGCGAACCAUCCCAAUGGAGCAUGUCUUUCAUCACGCCCGUGGAGGCGGGGCGGAAAUGGGGCGCGGAUGUGCGCCAUGGGAGAAGGAAUCGGGUGUCCUCCGUGGACGGAAAUACGGUACUCGUGAACGAACCUACCCAAUUCCUCAGGCACUAUUACCACCUCGUUGCGGAAUUGAUAUUUGGUACCCAAGCCAUCUGGCAUGGGGCAUUCACAGCGCCUUCAAACGAUACAGAGCGUGAUUACUCAUUGGGGCCUUUCCCUCCCCCCCGCCUCCCAUCAAUCGCAUUAUAUUCGCCCGCGCGAAUGCUGAUGGUUGGCGCGAUUCUCCGGGAUUCAAUCGCUAUUUUAUGCGCGCAGCCUUUCCUAGCGCGUCAAUCGAAGAAGAGGAGGGUUGGGCGGAUCGUUGCCUCGUUCAGAGGACAACUUUGCGGCAGCCAGACACAACGCAUCGCCGCUGAAGCCUAUGAGGCUAUGCACAACAAAAAUCAACUUGCUGGAAUUCGUGUUGGGGGCUGGUGGGAGCCUUUGCGAGCCGCCGCUUUGCGUUUUGCCGGUGCAGAGGUGGAUGCUUUUGAAAAUACCGAACAAGUCUCACUUGAUAGCGACAUCCGCGAGGGUGACCCCAAACUAGCGAUGCCGUCCAAAAUCGUCAUCACUUAUAUCAGCCGCCAGGGUGUCAAGCGUCGCAAACUGACUCCCAAAGCGCACGAGGGACUUGUCCAUUCGCUGGAGGAGCUCGUCAAGCGCAAGGGGCCAUCUUGGGAACUCAAUAUCGUCGAGGCAGAAAAGCUCACUAGAGACCAACAGCUGCAGCUUGCUGCGCGAACGACGAUAUUACUCGGUGUGCAUGGUAAUGGUCUAACUCAUCUGGUCAUGAUGCCGCCUACCCGCAUUUCUACCGUUAUUGAAAUAUUUUACCCUGGAGGGUUUGCGCACGACUAUCAGUGGACCACUCGGGCUCUUGGGAUGAAACACUUUGCUAUCUGGGAUGAUAAAUAUCGCACAGAAGGAGCUGGAGAAGGAAAGCCCGAUGUAAAUUAUCCUGAGGGCUUCCAAGAGGACUACAUUCCGAUGUCUUCGGCUGUACCCCGACCCCGACCGCGACCACGUCCCGUUCCUCGUGCCAAAGUUGCGCAAACUGCCUCAGCUUCUAAUGCGCCAAUCGACGAUGAUUCCAUGUUCAUUCGCAACAAGAGUCGCGAUACAACAACGUGGCAGAAAUUUGAAGCACUCGAUAACGCGUCGAGAAAGAAGACACCACGCUCGGAUACCGAAGAUGAUAGUGACUCUCCUCGUCCAAAGAAGCAGUCCAAAACAAAGACACGACAAGCAGCUCACGCAGAAAUGCGAAGAGUGCUCUCCAACGAGCCCUCAACAAACUCCGAAUCGGAUAUUGAAAUCUUGGAUACACCUUCAAAGCAAAAGAAGAAGGGCAAACAAAGACGAAGUCGAUCACGUUCCUUGACACCACCUCCUGCUAUUCCUGAGCAACAGCUGCGUGAUGCUAGAGCCAUUGUUCGACAAGCCUUGGGUGGUGGCUCAGAGCGACAGUCACGAUCACCAACGCCACCCCCUAUUGAAGCAAACAACUCUAUCGAGUAUGCACCAGAAAUCCAAAGCAUCUUGCGCGCUGCACAGACAAGAUCUGGUCGAGAGGAAUCUUCAGAAGCUGAGGGGUCCAGGGAAACGAUAGAGUUGACGAUUAGCUGGAAGCAGCAUCCAAAGGACACCCGACCUCCAACAUGGAAAGAACCUAUCAUUUGGAAAAUCCAUCGCACGGAUAAUUUCCACAGGGUCAUGGAUGAGGCCGCAGAUGAAGCCAAGAUUCUUCUUGCCAAUCUUGUUUUGAGCCACAACCAUACACGCAUUUUCCCGUCGGCUUCCCCCGCCUCUCUUGGUCUCUGGGAUGACGCUGAACUCGAGGCUUGCGAGCAGGGAACUUGGGACUACAUCCGUUCUCAUUCGACAACCAAUCCAAUCAUUGCCUCCCCAGUAAAGCGCAAACCAGCCGUUGUCGAGGAGGAAGAUGGUGUACUCGUUGUGUCGGACACCGAUUCAUCAAUCAUUGAAGUCGACACACAACCUGACUCGGAUUCCGACCAUGAUGAAGCCAGUGCAGCCGAACAUCAGGGCGGAGGCGAAGGAGCCAACGAAAAUAACCACGGCGACAGCUUCAAGCUCAUUCUUCGAUCUGCCCUUACAACGAACAAGGAUAUCAGCUUGAAUGUCCGCUCCACCACUAAAUGCGGCACUAUCGUGCAAGCAUUCCUGAAGAAGGCGGGGAUAGCAGACAAUUAUCCUGCGGUUAUCGCAGGAACUAGCACCUCCAAGGGUCCCCGCAAGAGAGGGAAAGGAAAGAAAGGCGCCGAACCAGCGAAGGAGCCCAAACUGGAAAUAGAUGGUGAUAGAGUUGGUAACGAUGAGGCUAUUGGGAAUUAUGAACUUGAAGAUGGAGAUGUCGUUGACGUUGUCGGUCUGUAA